GUCUGUUGCCCCUUCCUGUGACCUCUCAGCUCGUGCCGGGAGGAGGAGGGUGUGUGUAGUUGUUGGUCCGUAAGCAGCUCAUCAACUGCGAGACCUUUAGUGGCGAGUGAGCAUCGUCAUGUCAGGCGAGGCGACGGAGGAGGAAAGGGUGCCUCCCUCUGGGGGAGAGGGCACAGAAGAGCGACCUCAAGACCAGCAGGACACGGUGGGAUGCACAUACAUGCUCGCUUGCACAUGCCUUUGUGCACCACGCGCUUUCCCAGAGAGAGAGAAGAGCCAUGCAUGGCAGCAUGCGUGUAUGUUGUUGGGCACGGGGCGGAUGAGGAGAUCAUCCUUGUCGAGACAUCGGACCGACUCCGUCCGCCUCAUUGGUGUGUGCCUUGCUUGUGUGUCAUGCAGGAAAUGACAGAGCCUGGCGAGGCGACGGAGGAACCUCCCGUGGUAGAGGACAGCAAUGGUGACGCGACGGACACCGUACAAGAGGGAUUGGGACUCGGUAGCGACGAGCCGAUGCCCUCACACAACGGGGCACCCGAAGGUGCGCACAGCACGGGAGAUACAGAGAGAGCGAGAGAGAGAGAGAGAGAGAGGCAGACACGCCUCGCUUUGUCUGUGGACGUGUCCAUGCAGGACGCGGGCGGUGGACCAAAGAGCGCGUCAACAUGAUAGGGCAGGCCCUCACCGGCAGCACCGCCGCCAUCAAGAAGAAGCACGCCGGUGUCGGCGGGGAAGGCCUGACGCUGUACCUGGUCCAUCAGAGAGACCUCAGCGACCUCGUGUGUGUGGACGACGACGGCGAGAAGAACCUCGACAACAGAGAGAAGGACGGGUACAUCUACAUCGCCACCUUUGGUGGCGUCAGGGUGAGGCGACGAGGGGAUGACGCCCCUUGCGAGCCGCUUCUGAUUGAUGUCUACGUCGAAAUCGCCGGAGGUGAGGAGGCUCAGCCGAGGUCAUGGAGCAAACGUCAUGAGAUGCUCUCAUGUGGCUCCUCUGCGUGCCUGCAGGUCGCGUGAGGGAGUAUCUGGAGAGCACGAGUUGA